AAAUGUGUUUUGCAGUCUCAGCUAAUCUUAUUUGCUAAAACUGUUUUUGCUAUAGUUAGUGAACAAAAAAUGUAGUCUCACAAUCUUUUAUCCACAAAUAGUACAUCAAAUUUGUGUAGCAUUAUUUCUACACAAAUAAUGCUACACAAUGCUACUUAUUUGUAGCAUAACUUGCUACAAAUAAUAGACCAACUAAUGAAAUCUAGUUAGUCUAGAUUUCCACAUUUCCACAAAUAGUACACAGGUUUUCAAUAGAUAUACAAUCUGGGGAGUCUCAUGGCCACAAGUCAUACAUUUUAAUGUGAUGACUUUAGAUUUGCUCAAGUCUUAGAAUAGAAAAUGCCUUUAUUUCCUGCAAAGGGGAAAGUCAGAUGUAACAGCAGCGUCAGAUACAAAAUAUCUGCUCUCCACACUUGUCCUUCCUGCUGAAUGUCUGUCUUUAAUGUUUUUCUUGGAAAAAGGUGGCUCCUUAGAUGCUGUUCCAGUCAGUCAUCAACUAAAAGUCUUAACCCAACUGUAUAUCCAUUCACAGCUGCAUCUCUUUUUGCCAUUUUUAGUAAGCUCUGGAAUCUUCCUCAGCAAGAAACUUCCUGACUCUUGUUGAGCCCUCUUUGACAUCCUGAAUCCUGCAAAUGAACCUUUAAUCUUGAAAUUCAUAAUCAUCUAAAUACUUUUUUUCUGGCGAAGAAUUUGUAGCAGCAGUUUCCUUACACGUGGCAGCAUUUUGAUGAUGAUUUCAUGCUAAUCUUUCAGCUUUUUGCAAAUGCAAAAAUAUAGAUGUUUUAGGCACAGAUUGCUUGUUUAAAGCAAGCAAUCUGUUAACUACAUUUAUUCCAGGCUGUUAUAAUAUUCUACAACAAUUAAGUUAUCUGCCACUGCCUUUCAGUCAUUCCUGCUAAUAGCUUGUUGCGAUAAAGUAAUGUGCAUCUGAUCAGUCUGCACAAAAAUGCAAAGACAACAAAAUGUCCACAAAUAUUAAAAGUUUGCAAAAUACAAUUUUUGCAUCACUGUGCAAACAGUGCCUUUGGCCAUGACUCGACACCUUAAGAGCUUCCUGCCGGGUGGAAAAAGAAAAGGGUUUUGUUUUCCACUCCGUUUGCGAAGAUAUUGAACUAUUCUUCGUAUUUCAGACACUGUGGGAUGUGUUGAUCCAGAGGAGUGUGUACGGGUGUGUGGAGCAGAGGUUGGAUGUUCCAACAUUGCCUUUCCCAAACUGGUCAUUGAGCUCAUGCCGAGUGGCUUGAGGGGGCUCAUGAUAGCAGUAAUGAUGGCAGCUCUGAUGUCGUCUCUGACCUCCAUCUUCAACAGCAGCUCCACACUUUUUACCAUGGACAUCUGGAAAAAACACCGCCCUCGAGCCUCUGAGAGGGAGCUGCUGUUGGUUGGCAGGAUUGUCACUGUGAUCCUAGUGGUGGUGAGCGUGGUGUGGAUCCCCAUCCUUCAAUCAGCCAAUAGCGGCCAGCUCUACGUCUACAUCCAAUCAGUGACAAGCUACCUGGCCCCUCCAGUCACAGCCGUCUUCACACUGGCAGUCUUUUGGAAGAGGACCAAUGAGCAAGUACGACUUUAGCACAAACAUGCUAACAGUUUGUGCUUUAC